GUUAUUGGAAGCUAUAGAACUUUGUAUGGGUACCAAAAAUAUAUUUUUCUUAAUGUAAGUAUUUUUUUUGUAAUGCUAUGGCUUCAGACAUACAGAAUGCCACUGUGUUUUUUAUUAUUGCUUUUCUCCUCUUUGUCAAUGUGUGGCUGGUUUGGCAGUUGUCUUUGGCAUAGGAAGAUUUAUUGUUUUUUUUAUUACGUUUUUGAUGGAUCUCAUUUGGAUGUUUUUAAUCAAGUCACCAGAUUUUUUUUUUUAUUACUAUUUUAAUUAACUUGUACGUGGAAAUACACUGCUCCGCUUUUAUUUUGAAGUAUCUUUGAACCGGAAGUUGACGACGGUCAUUUUUAUUUUUGUCGUGAACUUUUUUUUUAAAUUUCGCUAUAAAAUAUGUUUCGACAUAAUUUUAGAAUUGUAAAUUUGAACAUUUAAUAUUUUUUUACAUUUUGAGUGGCGUAUUAAAACAACUACGGAAGUUUAAAAUAAAAAAGCUUUAAAUUCGUCGUUUUCGAUGCGCGCGUGAUGGGAGGAUGACAUGCAUUGUAACGAAGCAAAGGGCUGCUCGGUUAGCAGGUCACGGGUAUGUCGACGUGGGUCGCUGGGUCGAGUGUAGCUGACCUAGUCCGGUUUAACCGUUACCGCGUCGUUGUCGAGGCCGGUGUUCUAGUGCGCGCGUGACCUUCAGAGCGCCGUCAUGGAUCUCACGCGCCUGGCUGUGGAUGCUGGUCAGUUCAUCAACCGAGCUGUUCAGUACACGGAGGAAAAUCUUGGCCAAGCCGAGAAGACUGCGUUGGAUCCCGGGCUGGAGGAGCUUCUGGCGCUCGCGGACGCAACCAAAGUCUGGACGGACCAGAUCAUCUCCCAAGCGGAGGUUUUACUGCAGCCUAAUCCAGGAGCUCGUUUGGAGGACCGUCUCUAUGAACACCUAGAGUGGAGCGCCCCACCCCGACUGCGGGCUCACGAACUGCUGGGGGAGGAAAUGAUCCGGGCGGGUCUGGAGGUUGGAUCCACUACACCCUACGGAACGGCGCUGAUGAGGUGCGGAGAGACCCAGAAGCAGCUUGGAGAAACGGAGAGGAAGUUUGUGCAAAGCACCAACAUUCAUUUCCUCACUCCACUGCGCAGCUUCACUGAGGGGGAGUACAGAGCCAUACAGGAAGAGCGCAAGAUGUUGGUGAACAAGCGCCUGGACUUGGACAUAGCAAAGAGCAGAGUGAUGAAAGCUCAUCAAGCUGACAGAGAGGCCAGAAACCUGAAUGCAAACCCACUGGAGGACGACUACGUGUCUCAAGUGUCGUACAUGUUCAGCUUCCUGCGUGUUAAAUGGUUAAAGAUGUGGGCUCAGGAAAUCUCUCAGGCAGAGAUGGAGCUGAGGAUCUGCCAGAGUCUGUUCGAUCGACAGGCAGAGAUUACUCAACGGCUUCUGGAAGGACUCAGCAGCACUCAUAUCAACCACAUGUGCAGUUUAACAGAUUUCGUGGACGCUCAGGCCUCUUACUUUGCUGAGUGCAACCAACAUGCUCAAGAGCUUCAGAAACAUCUCGCAAGCAUCCCGGCUGUCUUCUGCUCCAACAACUGGCGGUCUGCGCUCUCCAGCACGGUGAGUGGAGCACCGAGAAACAGCUGCGUUGAUGCGCAAACCGUCGGCUUAGACGACGUCACGCUGAUAUCGGCGGUCGUCCACCAGCUUCCAGACUUCGAUCAGGACUCGUGGGCUCUUAACUCCCCGACCAAAACUGAAACAGAUCCUUCUUUAACUGGACUGGACCCCACAAACAACAACGUCUCAGGCUUGGACUCUUCAUCUGACAGACUUCCUGCUGCAGCUUCUGCCGGGGCGACCAGCGCACCAAACGCUUGUCCUGUCAGAGAAGAAGAGACAAUUUCAGAAGCAAACGGCGAUCCCCGAACAACCACUGUAGCUGGUGAGCAAUAACCACAUUAUCAUGGAGGACUAAAACGCAUUAUGCAAACUAAAUCCCACCAGGAAGAGAGCCUCAAACAGCUGUAAAUAUGUUUAUUCUCCUAACAUGGCUCCAGGUUUGAGCAUCGUUAGCAUCAUCAUGAAUUAUUCAUCCUUAAUAUAAAAUGAAUCGAGUCUUUCCUGGUAGCAACAAGUAGAAUGACUCAUUCACAUAAACUCCAUCUCAGGUUUUAGGGAACAGUUUGUGCCAAACGUUUGUGACAGUAUUUGUAUGUAUCUUUAAACUGCCAGGUAACAGAAAAUAUAAAUAUAUAUAUCUGUGUGAUAGUCUGUCACUGAUGAAAACUAACAAUAGAUGUCAAAACACAAAGUUAAACAAGACUUUUUAUGCUUCCUGCCGUUUCCUCAUGAUCCAAUGCAAUAUAACCUUUUAUUUUUUACCAUUUUCCCAAUUUAAAGCCUCAAUUUUUCAAUUUCCAUGUGUUGUUUAUCCUAAUUAAUGUCCUGUGAUAAUUACUAAGAAUCAUAAAUAAAUGAGUAAAAAUAA